AUGACAGUGAUGAUCAAAAUGAGACUAGAAGUAAGAAUGACAGUGAGCAUGACAAUGAACGUGAAAAUGAAAAUUAGAUCUGCAAUCAAAAUGACUAAGGACGUAAUCAAAAAAGAGAACGGAAUAAACACUAUAAUGAAGUUGAGAAUGAUGACAGGAAUGAGUGACAAUGAUAAUGAGAGUGGAAAUAAAAAUGGAAAUAACAGUGUUGAUGAAAAAGAGAUUAAGAGCGAGAACGUGACAAUGGAGAAUAAAAAUGGAAAUGAGCCUGGCAAACACAGCGAAAACGACAGUAAUCAUGGAAAUGAGAAUAAGAAGAAGAAAGCAGUUAGGAAUGAAAACGAUGAAAGUAACGGAGUGGAAGUUAGAAAGAGUGAGAGUGACAACCAUAGACAAAACGGAAGUGAUAAUGAAGAACAGAAUGAAAAUGGAAACAAAAAUAAAGAUAACGGGGACAAUGGAAAUGACAAGAGUGAGCAUGGAAAUGAGAAUGAAAAUGGGACUGACAGUGAUGAUGAAAAUGAGACCAAGAGGGAGGAUGACAAGGAGCACGACAAUGAACAUGAAAACGAAAAUGAGACUGCCAAUGAGGGUGAGGACGCAAACAAAAAAGAGAACGGAAUAGAGAAUGAGUCUGAAAACGAGACUAAAAAAGAGAAUAACAAGAAGAUGAGACCUAGAAGUGAUGAUGACAAGAAUAAUGAGAAUUACAAAAGAACGCCAAGUAAAUCCUACAAUGAAAAAGUGAAUACCAAAGUGAAAACGGGAGUGAUCAUGAGAAAUAAAAUGAAAAUGGAAACUGAAAUGAAACAAUGGAAUGAAUGUUUGAAGGAGAACGAGAAUGAAAACGGAACUGAAAAUGAAUAUGAGAAUAACAAAGGGAGUGAGAUAGAGAAUAAGAGUGAAAUUAACCAGAGAUCGAGGCGGUCCAAUCACUGCUAUGGGAUGGAGUUUGUAAUCAAAAACCCAUUACCUAUCCGGAGUCACGACCCCUUUUCCUCCCCGGAGCGCGUCCUGAGACAAUGUCGGCUGGAAUUAAUUCCCAGCAUCCAGGAUGGCUUCCCGUUUAACCGCUAUUUUCGAUCCGGGCUUUUCACCGGAUUCUUUUAA